GCCAGGUAUAUACAAUAGUUGUUGUUUGUUUAGGGAGGUUGUGUCUGGGCGGGAGGAGCACGUGAGUCACCGUCAGGACACAACGGGGCAUGAGGAGGCCAGGCCGCAGCCUCGGGGUGGAGUGAGGGAGUCUCCCGGAAGAGCAGCUGACUCGGCCUUUCACCUAAAAUAUGGCCUCUCCGAGCAGCCCAACUGAGUCUGACGGCUCCUGGGGCUGUUCAGGGUGAGCAAGAUGGCAAAUAGGCUGGUUACUUGAUUACUUAAUCUGCUCACGUUGUUGUCCUCUGCUUAUCAUCUUUCUAUGAUUUAGUUGGACAUCAGAGCACCAUGGCUGGGAAAUUGAAGACAUUGCUGGACAAUUUAGACCAAUUUAUUGAGGUGCUUGCUUUAUCUCCAAGUGCCCAUGCCAAAGAUUGGGAUAUCCUCCAUGUACAAAGAGCCCUUGAAUGGGGAACCUAUUUUGAACAUGUCCACCAUCGGUACAAGGCUAAUAAUUCUCUUAGAAACUCAAUUGAAGCUCAUCUUACAGCAAAAAACCAGGAGCUUUCUUGUUGCAUGAAAAACUACCAUGACAUUACGUUUGAUGACCUUGGUAAAGGUAGAGAUAUCUUGUGUAUGUCUCUUCUCCAGAACAAGUCUCUUCCUGAUCCUGUAUUCAAAUACGUAACUGAGUUGCUCCGAAAUUCGGAUACCAAAGGUGCUGAAUCCACGUCUUUAACCCAUUAUAUAUCCCAGAAGGUGGCUUCAGAACUACUUCUGUCUCUUCCCCUAUUGGCUUCCAAAGGAUUGCAGGAGCCACUGGACAACCCUGUACUAAUGACACAAGCUGAACUAUUGAGAAGCAGCUUAGAGGGAAGGCUGAAGGUGUCAGAAGACAACCAGAAGUCCUCUAUUGUCUCACAUUUUCUUGGCCGGAUUUCCAAACCACAUGUCUACCACCUUGUAGAAGCUGUACUCCUAUCUAAUGAUGCUUUGGACUCUGAACACCAGAACCUGUUAUCUGAUCUUCUUCUGGAUUGGGUUCUGUCAAAUGAUGACCUCCGCAUUGGCUUUUUCUUGAAUGUAAAGUGCCAGGGCCUGGCAAGGUUGAGCUUCAUGUCCUCCAGGUUCAGGCACGAGUACAUGGAUCAUUUGGAAAAGCUAGGGAGUAGUAUGGAACCAGAUGUAAACUGUGGGAAAUGGGUUAGUGACACCUUCAGACUAUCUUUUGAAGGACUGCUGGAUCAUUAUAAACAUCUCAUGGAAGGGCCUGCAGCUGUGAAAGACUCCAUAUUGACUAAACUUCGGGCCUUAAAAUGCCAGGAUGGGAAUUAUGAUGUGCCUGGUAUCCGUAUAUGGACUGAUGUGUUGGCAGAAAUACAUGAGACGUAAGGCCCCUUGCAGACGAGCGAGUAUUCCACGCGGGUGCAAUGCGUGAUGCGAACGCAUUGCGCCCCACUGAAACCCAUUUAUUUCAAUGUGGCUGUGUACAUGAGCAUUGUUUGCAUUUGGACCUGAUCCGCUCACGCUCGUCUGCAAGGGGCGUAAGACUUGUCUUGGGUCAGAAUGUCACAAGUGCAUGGAAAAGGAUAAUGCUAAUGAAUUUUGAUGUAAAGUGAUAUUUGUGUUUUUUCAAAAUUUAAUUUUUAAUCCUUUUGGCCUUUAUUUAAAGGGGUUUCAGGAGUACAAUAUUGAUGCUCUAUCUUCAGGAUAGGUUAUCAGUGUCAGAUUGGCGGGGCACCUACACCAGACACAAUCGCCAAUCAGCUGUUGGGGCUCGUCCCCGCCUGCCUUUGGCUGCCCCUCCCUUAACACCGGAUGGUUUCACCCGCGCAGGGGAGCUAGGCAAGUAUAUUCAUUGUGAGGGGCCUGGCAUAUGGGGGAAAUUUUUAUAGUCUUGGAUGACCCCUUUAAGAGGCUACAGCACUCCAGUGAGCUCUGCAGCCUUCUCACAGCAUACCAAGCACAGCGCCUUACAUUGUAUAGUGGAUGUGCUUGGUAUGGCAACCCAGGCCCGUUCACUUGAAUGGGGCGGAGCUGCAACUAAGCCAUGUGACCAGUGAACGUGACAUAAUUUGCUCCUGAGGAUAAGUAAUCAGUAAUCCACUCCAGGAAAACUCCUUUAAGUCCAUGACAUGAGGUAUUGAAGAACUCCAUGAAAUAAUAGUUCUGGAGCUUCUUUACUUGGAAAUCUGCAUUGUGCCAUUCCUGUGUUAUUCCUCCUGGAAAUGUAUGACUACAUUGACAGCUAGCUGUCAGGUUCUUUAUAAAUUAUUAGCGAACACUUUGUUACUUAUGCACUUAUUUAUUUUCUGUAUUUUUUUUCUUUUGUGGUUGAUUCAUUUUACAUAUAAUCUAGUACUAUUCAGCAGCAGAUCAUUCUUAGUUUUCUGCCUUAUGCAUAGUUUUUUAUGAAUCUCUAGUACACAGCCAUAAUACAGCCCCCAUAAAAAUCUAAAGUGUACCUACGUUAGGUCUCAGAUUUAAAGGGGUUUUCUGGUUCUUAGGCAAUGAGGACCUGUCCUCCCAGGUAGGUCAUUAAUAUCAGAUUGGUGGUGGUUCGACACUUGGCACCCCCACUGAGCUGCUGUUUUGCGCAGCCCACUAUGCCGGUUCCGUGUACUGCCCAUCAGUUGACCUGCGGUACCCUGGCACAGUCACUACACAGUAGACUUAGCCUUCUGCUUAUUGCUCCAUUUUCUGUAUAGUCUCCAGCUGAUCGGUGGGGAUGCAGGGUGUCGAACCCCCACCAAUCUGAUAUUGAUAGGCUAUCUUCUGGAUAGGCUAUCCGUUUCUAAGAAAACCUUUUAAUCCCACGUUCCAUCGGGUGCUUCUAGGGCAUGAUGCGGUUGCGUAUGGUGGCGCAUGGAGUGCCUGUAGCUCAGUAGUAUUUCUCAAGCUUAGACUUGAAUAUGACAACAUGCAAAGCUUUCUCAUGCCAUUAUGUUGAGGAGAAAGGGUUGUAUGAAAUGUCCUUGUCCAUGGCUUCUGUCUGCCAUUGCAGUCCAACCUCAUCCAAGUGAGCAAUACCACACACAGCCCAUAAAUCUCAUACAAUACCUUUAAUUAAACCAGCGAUGCUCAUCCUGCAGCCCGCCAGUUAUUGCAAAACUACAACUCCCAGCAUGCCCUUAUAGCCGAAGGCUGUCCAAGCAUGCUGGGAGUUGUAAUUUUGCGACGGCUGGAGGACCACAGGUUGGGCAUCCCUGAAUUAAACUGAUGUCAUUCAUGGUCGCUCAGAAGCAGCUCUUUGCAGAGGCACUUAUUUGGCCUAUAAAUGGGGUCUGGUCCUUAACCUAUCCCCCAACUUUUUCCAUGAUGUCCCUAUGACUUAAAGGGAAUCUGUCACCAGGAUUUACCCUACUGAGAUAUUCAUAUGUGCCCAUCAGUCUCCUUGUUUUGCAUUAAAUGAUCCCACUCUUA